CUGCACCGGCGCUGAGGGAAGUUCAGUCUGUUCUCAACUCGGGCAGGCAGGCGCAGGUAUGGGGACGUUCAAGAGCACCUGUCAGGAGUGUUUCGACUGUAAAGAGCAGUGGUAUGAGAUUGGACCCACGGACUUGCUGGAGCGCAAAGGUUCCCUAACCCUCCGCUCUCAUCACAAGAAAUACUCAAAGCCAGUGCUGGUGUAUUCCUGGCACCGUGACAGAGAAGCUUUCCCCAAAGAUUAUGACAUAGAGGGUCCUGAGACAGUGAAAAAACUGUGUAAUUCAACAUAUUGGCGGUUUGGAACUGACUGUCCAAGGUGGAUAUCAGAAACACAUGAACAGAUGUCCCAAGCUUUUUUAAACAGAGACUUGGUGCAGAGUAAGAAAAAGGCCUUAGUAAACGAUGAAACAACCUGCCCCCGGAUUCUGGAAAGGGAUCCGGAACUGCCUCCCACGGGCUUUCGGGAUGUUUUUACGGGAUGCCCACCAGAUCAGAGAAAUCCGUGUGCUUUAACAACAUACUCUGAGGAUUACACUCCACAGUAUAAUUAUCCGCCACCAGCUUGUCCGCCUCAAGAAGAGUACUCCACAGUCUACAGGAAGUGCCGUUCACAGUUCACAGACCUAAAUGGCUCCAAAAGAUUUGGAAUCAACACAUGGCAUGAUGAGAGUGGGAUUUAUGCCAAUUUAGAGGCAAAACAAAAGCUCUAUUCAUUGGUUGACAAUCCUAUUGUCCCACGUUAAAAGGCAAUAUGUAUGCCAUCAGCAUCUCAGGCUAAUGAAAAAUAACAAUUGUAGCAGCUAAUAAUUUUCUUUAAUAAAUACAAAGUCUUUCAAUCUAAGGAAAUGUUUAUAUUCAUAUUCUCGUGAGCAACCCUAUAUUUCCCCAAAUUUAGUAUGUGUACCACGAAAGUGAGUCACACUACUCCAGAAUAUAUUUUUGACUGGCUUUCCUUGUUGUAUGGACUAUGUAUUUCUUUCAUUGCUAUAAAAAUGGUUAGAACUAGCACUAUCCAACUUGUGAUUGUUUAGCAUGUAGCUUAUUUUACUUAUAUUUGUUUAUUACUUUUAUUAAUUUUUUGUUUUUAUAACCCUACCAAAGUUUCCCCUCCCCUCCUCCUUUCCCAGUCCCUCUCCCCACCUCCUCCCCAUCUUUGCUUCCUCCGGUUUAUCUUCAUAAAGGGACUCUUCUCCCAGAAAUAUCUGCCAGCAUGGUAUAACACUGUGCGAUGAGACUAGGCACCUCCUCUCCUAUUAAGGCUGAACAAGACAAUCUGGUAGGAUGAAUGGAUCCCAAAAGUAGGUAAUGGAGUCACAGACAGCCCUUACGCCCACAGUUAGGAGUCCUACAGGAAGACCAAGCUACACAACUGUAACAUACAUGCAGAGGGCUUAGGUCAGUCUCAUGCAGGCUCCCUGGUUGUCAGUUCUGUCUCUGUGAGCCCUGUGAGCCCAGAUUAGUUGAUUCAGUGGGUUUGAGGGCAAUCUGGCUGUGACAUCUGUCACCCUAUUGAUCGCCAGAGUUUAUUCAGCUGAUCUGGCUAGCGAGAAAUGUGUCCCCUUCCCCCCUUACCACCACAUGUGUGCGUCCCUCCUGAAGCCACAAACUCUAUCGAAGAGGAUAAAGAGGAGGAGAGGUCUUGUCAAAUGUGGACACAUAGGUGCUCUCCCCUGCUAGAGCCUCCAAACAAGCUAUUUUUUCUAAGUGAGCCAAUUUUAAUUUAUAUUGGUAGUUCUGGAGAUCGCAUGUAGGGCCUUUCACAUGUUAGGCAAACAGUCUACUACUGAGAGUCAUUCCUAACCAAUUUCUUCCCACUUAAAAAACUGUAGUGAAAACAUGGUAUGAGUUGAUAUUUAUGCCGUAUAAUAUGUUUCAACUCAAGUAUACCAUGUUCAGCCCUGUGUGGCAAUACAUGCCGAUGGUCCUGGCACUCAGGGAACUGAAGCACAGGAUUCCAGUAUUGAAGGUCAUGUUAGGCCACGUCGCAAGUCUUUGUCUCAAAAAGCCAAAACCAAAACAAACCAAUAAAACAAACAAAACCAAAAAUCAAAUAUAUAAUGCAUAUAUUUAAGUUGAAUAACUGGUUUUCUUCAAAUAUAUAUCAUUUUUUGUGUUGGGGAAUUCAAAAUUUUGUGUUCUAGUUAUUUUGAAGUAUACAAUUAAUUAUUGGAACGAAAUUUUCCUGACUGUGCUAUAGAUCACUGAAGCAGGCUCCUCCCUUCUAACUGGUCUUAUUUUCUGUUCUCUGUCUGUCCUACUUCUGAGCCCCCUCCUAACCAGGUGACCACUAUUCUCCUCUCCACCUUCAAGAUAAGUUUUAAGUGUGUAAAAAUGUAGGUUAAAGACAGAGAGUUAAAGUUUGUACAGCAUUGAUCCUACAGUGAUGUUGAGUGUGUGUGUGUGUGUGUGUGUGUGUGUGUGUGUGUGUGUGUGUGUGUAACCCACAGGCUUUGAUUUUUCCAUGGUAGCUAGUUGCACCCCAUUUACUCAAGGUAAAAUCUUUUUGAGUCUGUAAGAUAGAAGGGAUCAGACAGUGAGAUCUUUGGAGGUUGUUGGGAAAUCCAAUCAUGUAAGAUUAGAUUAAAAGAAAUCUUAGGACUGUCUUGACCUACCCUCCCAUAGAUUAAGUCCUUUAUAGUACCAGCAACCUGGGGCUGCAAAACAAAGUGGCUUACACAAUAGAAGUACUUUUUUCUUUUCAGUUUUAGAGGCUGAAAAAGCUCCAAAUCAAGUUUCAGACAGGCUUUGUUUACAAGGACUCAUCCUGGUGUUUCACUGUGUUCUCUUCUGUGGGAGAAGGAUGAGCUUGCUCUCUUCUUACAAGACCAUGGAUAGUUGGGAUAGAUUCUACCCUUAUGACCUCAUUUAACCAUCAUUACCUCCUAAAGACUAUAUCUCCCCAACAGUCAUGCUUGAAGCUUAGGGAUCUGCAAAUGAACUUGGGCAGGGCAUAGAAUAGCACACAACCGUUGGCCAGGGUUCAUAUUCUGUAUUCUGGCUGAUGUUGUAGGUAAAUUUGCAUUUUGAUUUCCUCUGAGGAUGGGUUUAUUUUGUCAACUUGGUUUUCAUUUCCCUUCGCCAUUUUAUUACUUUAUUUUUUGGUUAUGUGUGUAUGUGGGUGGGCAUGCACAUGCAUGUAUGUUUGUGUAUAUUGGACGGCUUAUGUGCGCCUGAGUGCAGGUUCUUGUGAAGGUCAUAUAAAUGAGAGUCCCUGGAGCUGAAGUUAUAGGCAGUCAUGAGCCACCUGAAGUGGGUGCUAUGAAUUGAACUGGGAUCCUCUGCAAGAGCAGAAUAUGCUUUUAAAGGUUGAUACACAGAUUAAUAGAAAUGAGUUAAAUUAAGAUGUAAGAGUUAGCCAGUAAAAAGCUAGAGCUAAUAGGCCAAACAGUGAUUUAAUUAAUACAGUAUCUGUGUGGCUAUUUUGGGGCUGAGCAGCUGGAAAAAAAAACAAGCGGUCCUCCUACUAUAAACAUGUAAUUUAUAAAUGUGUACAUUAUAUGCAUUAAUAAAACAUCAAGACAGAAAUUAAGCUCUCAGUAUGGGAGGAGCUCGUGAUGGAGCAUGCGCUAGUCACACGUGACCAUGAGGCCAUUGCUGUGUUAGGCAGAUCAAAGAGUUAUGUGAAGGACAUGGAGACCCCUUCCUUGCUCAACCUGUGAUGUAGUCAGCGAGGACCAAUCCUAAUGAGGAUGACCUCAGCCUUCAUCUGGUUGCUGCCAUAAUUCUUAUAAAACUAAUGUAGGGAGCACAGUGACACUCCCCUUCUGAAGCCCCUCUGCCUCCCAGGAGCCUAUUCCCACGUGUUUUAUGUUUUAGGUACUUUUCUAUUGCUGUGAUAAAAUACGUGAAACUUAGAAAGUAUUUAAUUUGGGCCUCAUAGUUCUAGAAGGUUAGAGUCCAUGACCAUCGUGGUAGGGCAUAUGACAACAGGCUUAGCACUGGGGGACUAGCUGAGGGCUCACGUCUUGAUCCACAAGCAGGCAGAGAAAGCACAUUGGGAAUGGCAUCAACUUUUGAAACUUCAAAGCCUGCCACCAAUGACACAUCUCUUCCAACAAGACCAUACCUUCUAAACCUUCUCAAACACUUCUACCACUAGGUAUUCAAAUAUGGGAGCCUAUGGAAGCCAUUCUCAUUCCAACUCCUACCCUUUAAUAAAUCUUUGUUACCUCUGCUAGCUUCCUUGUCAAUGAUUCCUUAUUUCUGGGUGAGACAAUGAACUUAGAGAUGGCUCAGAGGUUAAGAGCACUGGCUGCUCUUCCAGAGGUCCUGAGUUCAGUUCUCAACAACCACAUGGUGGCUCACAACUAUCUAUAAUGAGAUCUGGUGCCCUCUUCUGGUGUGCAGGCAUACAUGCGGGCAGAACAUUGUAUACAUAAUAAAUAAAUGCAUAAAUUAUUUUUGAAAAAGAAGUUACUGCCUGGGGUGGUUUGGUGAGUAUUAUCUUCUUUCCAGGUAAAACUUAUCAAAUCAGAGAAUGAUGCUAUUGUACUCAAUAGAGUGUUGCCUAUACUGUGCUAACUCUUUUAUCUGUUACUCUAGUUCAGUGGUUCUCAACUUGUGGGUCACACCCGCUUUGGGGUUGCAUAUCAGAUAUUUACAUUAUGACUCACUGUUAUGAAAGAGUUGCUGCUUUCAUUGGUUUAAUAAGGUGCUAACGGCCAGUAGCUAGGCAGGAAGACAUUAGGUGAGACUUAGAGACAGGGGAGAAAGAGAGCAUGGGAAUGAGGAAGGGUAGAGACAUGGAGAGAAGCAAGAUGAACUUGCCAUGCUGAAAAAUGGUACAUAGCCACAUGGUAGUACAUAGAUAAGAAAUAUAGGCUAAUUUAAGUUGGAAGAGCUAGUUAGUAACAAGCCUAAGCUAUCAGUCAAGCAUUUAUCAUUAAUUAUUAGUCUCCAUGUCAGUUACUGGGGAGCUGGUGGUCCCUACAAAAGCCCCGCCUACAAUUCAUAACAGUAGAAGCUUUAGCUUGUGUCAAGUUGACAUAAAACUAGCCAGCACAAGAAUCAUUAUCUAGAUCAUUUUCCCAUACUCUAGUUGGGCUAUUUAUCUUUUUUAGAUUCCCCUUCAUAUUAAAUUCUGUGUAAGUGUCUAUGGGAGUUUGUGUGCAUGAGUGAAGCUGCUCAUGGAGACCAAGAGGGCCUGAGAUACCCUGGAGCUGGACUCAAGGGUGGUUUUGCCCAAUGUGGGUCAUGGGAACUGAACUCAGGUCCUUUACAAGAACAGUCUGUGCUUAUAACCUCUGAGCCAUCUCUCUAGCCCUGUUACUUAUUUUUUUUAAGAUCAUAAACUUUUGAAACAUAUUUUUUAAAAAAAAAUGGGACAUAAUCUGAAAAAAUUAUUUGACUCGAGAAGCAGAUUAAAGACUUUAUUUAGAAUUAAUCAUCUGAAUUUCUGUUUAAAAGCAGCAGGAAAUUUGAAAGUAGAAGCCUGAACGAUCUUAAAGGUAAAAAUGCAAAAAUGUAUAAUACAUGUGAUUAUGUCAAUAAUUCUGGUAAUGUGAGAAGUCAGGAAAGGAAUAUUAAGAUUACUCACAAAAUUCUGUAGAAAAAUUAUUUUCCAUCACAUUCCUAUAUGUUUUAUUUGCCAAUAACUCUCAAUCUGAUAAAGUUACCAGUAUCUCUGUUGUGAUGGAGCUCUAAGAAAUUCCCAAUCACUAUGUAAUGAAAGCUUGCCUUUCAUUUUAGAAGAAGUGUGAAU